UAAACACUUGUCAAAAUCUAAUGAAAGAACGAGUGCGCUCAUGGUAGAUGGCGGGAGUGAUCUCGUGUGAUAUAGGUGUCGUAGAUUAGAGUUUAAAUUUUAGUGUUUUAAUUUGUAGAAUAGUUAUUAAAAUGACUAGAGCUAAAAUAGAACUCGGCGACGUGACACCGCAUAAUAUAAAGCAACUUAAGAAACUGAACACAGUGGUAUUCCCUGUGUCGUACAAUGACAAAUUCUACAAAGACGUUUUGGAAGCUGGUGAACUGGCGAAAUUAGCGUACUACAAUGAUAUAGUAGUCGGAGCGGUGUGCUGUAGGAUAGACACAUCGGAGAACUCCAGGAGGCUUUACAUCAUGACACUUGGAUGCCUGUACCCGUACAGGAGACUCGGCAUCGGCACAUUGAUGGUGGAACAUGUGCUUAACUUUGUCGAACAAGACGGGAAUUUCGACAGCAUUUUCUUACAUGUCCAAGUCAACAAUGAGGGUGCAAUAGACUUUUACAAGAAAUUUGGCUUUGAAAUAGUUGAGACGAAAGAACACUACUACAAAAGGAUAGAACCUGCUGAUGCUCAUGUGUUGCAGAAGACAAUAAGACAGCCACAAGCAAGUCCAUUAGUAAAUGGAACAGUACCUCACGCAAAAACAAAUGGCCAUGAUAGCUCACAACAGAAUAAUAUCAUGUUCUAUCUGUAAAAAUGUACACGAAGUAUGCAAGUGAUACGACUAUAAAAUACCUCUAGUUUGGAGUCACUCAAUUCAGCAAAACAGUAUAUUGUGUUAACAUCUAUUUAUAAGUGGAUGUGUGUUGAGGAGAACUACAUUUCAUAAAAUUUUGUGUACAUAUUUGCGAAUGUAUACCCACAGUGCAAUAAUAUUUUUUCAACAAUUUAAAACAUAGAUUGCUUUUUAAUUCCAGUGACUAGUUUGAUUAAUGCAAAUAGUAAGUUAGAGGAAUUUGUCUGCCUUUAGUAACUAACAAUGCUGGCUGUAGUUUUUCUUCUAGAAAUCUUUGUGGCACAAUAUCUGCAUAAAAAUCACGUAUAAAUCUUCACAUCAGUUACUUCAUUUUUACUGAAAUUAUAAAAUAAAUUAAAUAGCAGCUUCUUUAUAAAAAAUAAUAAAAUUAAAAUGAUGUUUUUGUCUAUACUUUAUAUAGUAGAUAUUGCUCAAAUGUUUUUGUAGGUGUUCGAUUGAGCAUCAUUAAUUUAUAUAAGGGAUUUUGUGUGCCAAUUUUCAAUGUUUCAAGUAGCUAAAACAGAUAUAAUAUAUUCUAUUGUAAACUAAUCAGUAUUUCUAGUUGUGAGCUUUGUUUACAUAGAUUACAUUAAUGGCGAAAGCUAAAAAUAAAAGGAAAGCUGACACAUUCUAUUCAUAUAUAAUAAAUAACUCAUAAUAAAAAUUUGAUGUGAUUGCAAACAUUAGCCAAUAGAAAUCAUAUUAACCUUUUCCAACAUAUAAGCGCUGAGUGAUUCCAAACUAGAUAAAAAAAAUCAUUAAACAGUAUGUGUGUACACAAACAAUUUCAUUACUAUUGUAACGGAUGGGUAUAUGAUAAGUUGUGGUUGUGGAUACUUGAGGCCAUAAAUAUAGUAGAUAUUAUGACUGAUGUUCCAUUACAAGUGUAGAAAACAUUGUUGUACAGAACUUGUUCAAUUCCUUGCUUGCGAGUGUGUUUACUGUCUGUAGGUUUGUAUUAAUAGUAAUAUUUGUUAUAGGCUGUUUGAAUAUUAUUAUUUUCCUAUAUUAUAUAGCUUGUCUAAAUUCUCUGUCGCUAUAGAGUCUACUUCUGUGCAUUUUUCUUUCCUAGGCAAUUAGAAAGGCACUUACAAAUUCAUGAAUGAUCUAAAAAUUGGUUUAAAUAAUAAGUAAAUAAUUGAAUAAUAUUGUUAUCCAUUUUUACAACAUGAUGACCAUUGGGCUAAUUUCAUAAAAUAUAAAUCGAAGCUCUACAACAAACCAACGUUAUAGGUACUUAAUUAGUGGUGCAUUUGUUUGUGCCAUGAACCCGUAUCUAAUGAGUAUGUUAUCAUUGUUAAAAUAUUUUUCAAUUUGCCCAAAUUAUUACAAUGAGGAAAAAAUUUUUUCUUACUUAGAUAAUGUCCAGACGGCCUAUAACAUAUAAUCAUCAAAUAACUUGACAGAAUGUACAACUUUCGUGUAUGCAUAUGUUACAUUUAAAAUCAUAAUGAAUUUUACUUCAUGAUAUCUCUAGACUUUUAAGAAAAAGUAAGUGGCUCUAGACAUUCUUUUAACUAUGGUGGCAUGUUAAAAUUCGUGUCCAUUUUUUACUAUACCUUUAUAUGAUAGUAUUAUGAGAUAGACAUAAAAACUUCUAAAUUAAGGUUCUCGAAUUCAACACAUGUAUUUUAAUAUGCAUUAAAUUAAUUGGCGUUUCCUUUUAUUUGUUAACGAAUGAUUUAAUUAUCUUGUCUGAACUAAACAUUGUUUUGCUUUACUAUUUAAUUAAAUUUGUUGUUGUGUUAUAUAUUUUGUAAUGUUGUAAAAACUUCUCCCAGUAAGAUAAUGGAAAUUGUUCUUCGGUAUAAUUAAAUUGUUACCAAAAACGUCAAUUGUCAGUCCCCUAAACCGUACUGUAUACAACUCGUUUACAUCAUGUUCACUCCAACUUUAGCAUUAGUAGUAUAAUAAAAAUAUUAUUAACAUUCUA